GAAGAAAUGACCAACGGCCCCAAAACAAGUGGCGCCAUUUCCUUCCUCUCCCAUUUCACACAGACAAAAGCCGUCAUAAAGGCCUCAGUUGUAUCAUCCGCAUCGCCGCUGUAAUAUAAUAGCGGCUCUUCCCAGCUUUGGGCCUCCGGUGUGACAGUUGCAGAGCAAGUCUUAUUAGUCUUCAAUGAGAUGAAGGUACGUAAAGCUCAGGCAAAUGAGGAAGAUAAGAAGAAGAGAAAGAAGGCUGUGCUGUUCUGUUUGAGCGAAGACAAGCAGAACAUUAUUCUGGAAGAGGGUAAAGAGAUCCUGCUGGGUGACCUGGGCACCACCAUCCAGGACCCUUACACGCACUUUGUUAAGAUGCUUCCCCCAGAUGACUGCCGCUACGCGCUCUACGACGCCACCUAUGAGACUAAAGAGACCAAGAAAGAGGACCUGGUCUUCAUCUUCUGGGCCCCAGAUAGUGCCCCCUUGAAGAGCAAGAUGAUUUAUGCCAGCUCAAAAGAUGCUAUCAAGAAGAAAUUCACAGGUAUCAAGCACGAGUGGCAGGUGAAUGGUUUGGAAGACAUCAAAGAUAGGCGCACCCUUGCUGAUAAGCUUGGCGGCACAUCAGUACUCACCUUGGAAGGAAGCCCUGUAUAAAUCUUGCCCCAGGCUUCAGUCGAGGCCUACCAGACACAUCGAUGAGUUAGUUGUUCAUUCCAGUUUGGUUUGGAGGGGGACAGAACCAGGAUCAUUUCUGGGACUUUAGGGGAGGGAUAUUGUGGGUGGGGGUGGGUUGAAUUGACAGUUUAAAAGUGAAUAAAAAUCCACAACCUCAUUCCUGUUCACGCAACUUAAUUAAAAUGAACAAAACACACAAGGUUAAAAAAAAAGAUACAAAUGAAGGAUGAUGACUUUAAAUCUUGAAAUACACAUAUUGUAAAUGUUUGAGAACAGGGUUUUGUUUACUCCAGGUUCCAUUAGGAUUGCAGAGAAAAGCACGGGCAACAACUGGUUUGGUUCCAACUAUUAAAUCCUGACAAAGUAAUUGUUCAUACCACUGGUUUUUUUUUUUUUCCUUUUUAAAACAUUUUUUUUUUGCCAAACUUCCAAGUUUUCUAAGUGUAUGGUUGAGACUAGCUGUAGGACAACCCAAUUUACUCUUAAUUGCACAGGAUGUAUCAAAACCUAUGGGGGGAAACGCAGUUGAAUAUAUUUUUGUUGUUUUUUUUGUUUUUUAUUUUUUUUGACCACGCAAAUUCCAAAACUUGAGUGAUUCCGCAAUGGCAUUUGAUGUAGUAAACAGACACAUUCCUUUUUCCUUGUUAAAAGCAGAAUCUGGUGGGGAUGAAGUCUCAAUGGUGUAUUAAAGAUCAGAUGGGGAGCGAUGUAUUUGAAGGGCCUGUGUUCAGAGCUCAGACUGAAUAUUGAAUGAAGUUUUGUAUCGUCUCCUUAUCUCUAAUAAAAGGCACUAAACUA